AUGCAGUUCUUCACCCGCAUCACCGCGCUCGCUGCAGCUGCAGCCCCUUUCCUGGCCCAAGCUGCUCCCGUCGUGGCGCCUCCAGCCAACGAGAUCAUCCCCGGAAAAUACAUCGUUCAGCUGAAGCCUGAUACCGACGUUGCAUCCAUCGCAGCCCACCACAACACUGUGCGCAGCAUACAUGCCCGCAACCUGGCUCGACGAGGCGACGAUGGUCCCGUUGGUGCUCCAGUGGACCGCGAGUACGGGUUUGGCGACUUCAAAGCCUACGCUGGGUCGUUCGAUGAGGCGACCGUUGAAGAGCUGAAGGCUCUCCCUGAGGUCCUCACCAUUGAACCGGACUUUAUCGUGAGGAUCAACGCGGUGGUUACUCAAGCGAACGCACCGUGGGGUCUAGCCAGCAUCUCUUCCCGCAAAGCAGGAGCCACUUCAUAUGUGUAUGAUGACUCUGCGGGCAAAGGCACCUUCUCUUACGUUAUGGACACCGGUGUUCGUAUCAGUCAUAGCGACUUCGAGGGACGAGCAACUUGGGGCUACAAUGCCGUGAGAGGCACCGCCGACGCCGACAACGAAGGCCAUGGAACGCAUGUAGCUGGAACCGUGGGUGGCGCCAAGUACGGUGUUGCUAAGAAGACCAACAUUAUCGGCGUGAAGGUCUUGGACAGUGACACUGGAAGCGCAUCAGAUGUCUUCGCCGGAUUUGACUGGACGGUCAACGACAUUGUGUCCAAGGGCCGCCAAAACACCGCCGUCAUCAACGUCUCGCUUGGCUCUUCCGCGUCAACAACAUGGGAUGCCGCCAUUACUGCAGCAUGGAAGAAAGGCGUUCUCGUCGUAACAUCGGCAGGAAACGAGGAUUCCCCUGCUAUCAACAGCUCGCCAGCUCGCUCCCCUGAAGUUAUCUGUGUUGGAAACAUCGAAAUCACCAACAAGAGGCACAGCGGCGGUGGAGGCUCCAACUACGGCGCUGCGGUCGACAUCUUUGCUGCUGGAACGAACAUUGUAUCGGCAUCCAACCUGGGCGACUCAGAGACGAGGACGCUGACCGGUACUUCCAUGGCGUCUCCUCACGUAGCGGGCUUGGUCUCGUAUCUGCGCGGUCUUGAAGGGCCGUCAACUGCUGCCGAUGUCAAGGCGAGGGUGUAUGCGCUAGCUACACCCAAUGUCGUGACGGACCCCAUGGGCUCGGUGAACCUACUUGCGUUCAAUGGUAACAGCAGGGUGACUACCGCAGGCAGCCCGAGCAACGGUACCGAAAGCACGAGCGAGGGUACUGGAAUCCAGAGCAAGGGUGUUGUCAACGAGAGCGAGUCUCGACUUCAGCGUGAGCGCGAUACUGCUCUCAGCGCCGUUGACGAACAGAAGCGAAAACUGAACAAUCUGUACGUCAAGAUCGGACGCCUGUGGGAGGAAAACGAUGCCCUCAAAGAAGACAUCACGGCCUUGAAGGACCAAGAGAAGAAGAAGGAAGAGCUUUGCCAGACAUGCAAGGCGAAAGAUAUCAAGAUCGCUCAACUUGACGGACAACUCUAUUCUGCAGGAUCUGUACGACCCAAGACCGAUCCCGACGUGGACACCGCACAAGCCGGGUUACGCAUCGCAUUCUUCAAAGCAGAGGAAGAGCUGCGAACUAGAAAUCUAGAGCACGCCGCGGAGAUAGCGAAGAUGCAAGAGGAGCAUGGGGUCAUUGCUAGUCGUCUGCACGAGGAAGUACGUGCUGCUCGUACAGCGCACGAGCUCGCCCAAGACCAAUUACGGCUACUGCGACAGAACAAACGGAAGAGAACCUCGUCGUCCACCCAGAAAAAGCCCCCUCUUCUCUCUGCCGACGAAAUACCUUGGUUGUUCUGCGUCUCGGGCGCAGGCGGAAUCAGCUAUCAUACGCUCUACGAGUUGUCUCCCAACGCCCAACAAGAAGUCGGAGAAAGGUUCCAAUACUAUUUCAGCGCCAGCAACGACGCCCAAUAUGACGCAGCCGAGGCCACCCACCACAAUACCUAUGCCACUAUGGUCAGCGAGAGUAACCGGCUGGCGAACUUGCAAGAGGCAAUGUAUCAAGGGCUCCACAUCAGACUGGCGAGUAUGAAGCUUGCGGCCUAUGUCAGCGCAAAGGCUGUCCAUGCGCUAAAUUGA